AGGGAGGGGAGAGACCCCGUCGCGUUUUGACCCUCUGAAACCUCCGCACGACCACAACCACCACCUCCGCCACUGCUCCUCCUCCUCCCGCUCCCCCGGAGUCCAGAGCCACAACCGUCGCUCGUCCGCAGCUCGCCCGUCACAUUUCCCAGCAGCGUCGCCGUGUGUGCGCCGCGCGGACAGCGAGCACAAGGAGCCGAGAAGGAGGAAGAAUAAGGGUCGCUUCUCCCCCCCCCCCCCACACCACCACCACCACCAGCAGCCGUCCUCCGCGCACACGCACCGAGCAUCCCGAGGUCUCGGGGACGCACCAGUCGGAGGCGACGCGCUGCAGAGAUCGCCGCUGCUCGCUUUGGCUUUUUUUUUUUCUUCUUCUUCUUCUUCUGUUGGUUUGGACUAUUUCCACCGGAGCCGGGCCCGGACUGGACAGGACCGGAUAUCUACGUCUCGGACCCCAGGGGCCGAGAGGAGGGUACAGAGCCGAGCAGAGCAUCAUCAUCUCCGGUUGUGUAGGACUGGCUGUCGAGUCGCAUGGAGAAGAGGUAUGAAGAGCUGGUGCACUACGCGGGGUCGGAGGCCAUGUCGGUGGGGGGGUACGGAGACGACGUCAGGCAGCUUCCUCCCCCGCAGUACGGACCCACCAUCCCCGACUCGCUCAAACACCACAAAGACCAGAUCUAUGGACACCCACUGUUUCCACUGCUGGCCUUAGUGUUUGAGAAGUGCGAGCUGGCCACCUGCUCCCCCCGAGACCCCGCCUCCUUCUCCGCCACCUCCCACCUCCCGGGCAUGACCAACCACAGCGACGUGUGCUCCUCCGACUCCUUCAACGACGACAUCGCUGCCUUCGCAAAGCAGAUUCGUUCAGAGAAACCCAUAUUCUCCUCCAAUCCUGAGCUGGACAACUUGAUGAUCCAGGCCAUACAGGUUCUUCGCUUUCAUUUACUGGAGUUAGAGAAGGUGCAUGACCUGUGCGACAACUUCUGCCAUCGCUACAUCACCUGUCUCAAGGGCAAAAUGCCCACGGACCUGGUCCUGGACGACCGCGACGGCGGCUCCAAGUCCGACAUGGAGGACUUCACCGGGUCCUGCACCAGUCUGUCGGAGCAGAACGCGUCGUGGCUCCGGGAGCCGGAUGAAUGUGCCUCUACUCCUCUGGGAACACCAGGCACCUGUGGCCUGCCCUCACACAGCACCGCAGACAACUGCAGCGACGCAGGCGACGGUCUGGACGGAGGAGUGGCCUCCCCCAGCACCGGAGAGGACGACGAGUCGGACCGAGACCGGAGGAACAACAAGAAGAGAGGCAUCUUCCCCAAAGUGGCCACGAACAUCAUGAGAGCGUGGCUCUUCCAGCACCUGUCGCACCCGUACCCGUCCGAGGAGCAGAAGAAGCAGCUGUCGCUGGACACGGGACUGACCAUCUUGCAGGUCAACAACUGGUUCAUCAACGCCAGGAGGAGAAUAGUUCAGCCGAUGAUUGACCAGACAAAUCGCUCAGGUCAGGGCGGGCCAUACAGCCCGGAGGGAGCGGCCCUCGGCGGCUACGGGCUCGACGGACAGGCCCACCUUGGUCUUCGAACAGCUGGUCUCCAGGGGAUGUCGUCUCUGCAGGGUGACUACCCCAGCGCCCUCCUGUCCCAGCCAGGCUACCCUCCGCACCCGGGACCUUCCCUCCACCCGUACCCGGGCCCGCACCCCCACCCCGCCAUGCUGCUCCACCCGCCGCCGCACGCACACCCCGCAGAGUCGCUCCUCGCCCAGGGACUGGACAUACACGCACACUAGCUGUCAGGGGGAGUCGCGGAGUGUGUGUGUGUGUGAAGGCAAAUUACUGUAUGAAUGUGAGUGUGAGUGAGUGAGCGGUGAGGUAUGUAUGUGUGUACGUGUGUGUGUGUGUGUGUGUGUGAGAGUGCACCGACGCACACAGUACACUAUUUAAAGAAAAAAAGACACAUUGCUCUGAAAGUUUACAUUCCCAACUGAAAUACACUGACUUCAAUGUAGCUGUUCCCCUUGCUAACACCCACACACACACACAUGCACACACACACACACACACACCCACACACACACACACACACCCACACACUGUCUGGACCCACAGGUUUAAGCCAUACCUCUCUCAGAGUAGAAGUGCUUCCUCCUCCCCAAAUGUUCCCACUGUGUCCUGUGGGCGAGACACAUGCUUUAAACUUCACUUCCCAUCAUGUCUGCUGAGACCACGGAAAGAUCCCCAGACUUUUUUUUUAAAGCAGCACACGGACGUCACUGGUUCGGACUUGAUCCCGUGAGCACGCCUUCUUCACUCGCCCCCCCACUGUCUUCCUGCGCACGUUGACUGUCCAAAAUACACACACACACCUUCACACACACUCUUUAUUUAAAGCUGGCUUUUUUUCUUUUUCUUAUUCUAUUUUUCUAUUUAUGUGUGCCACUCCAGGCGGACGCAGCUUCACACGAGCUUGUCGAAAACGUUAGCGCUCUUCCUCAGCAUGAAGCAAAACACUAUGAAUGACUUCCAGUCUGCCUCGCUCUCGUACCACUGACCUCCUUAAGGCGCCAUCAGGCGUCCGUACCUUAGAGUCUCUCCUACACACGUGCAAAAAACCCAACACACACACACACACACACACACACACACACACACACAGUCACAGCAAGACACGCUACACUGAAAGCCAUUUCUGCACACAGACAUACACAAACACACACACACACACACACACACACACACACACAAACUUCCGUAAAGCAUUUCUAGUACAUGUUUGUCUGUCACAGCCGGUGGUGUGUGUGAGAGGGGAGCCGCAGCCAAAGGACUCUUUAAACAUUGAGCUCCCUCUCCGCGCUGCUCGGACCGCUGAAACAUUUCUGAAUGAUGAUGGGAAAAUAUCGUUAAAGUAUUAAAAUGAUUUUUUUUUCUAAGA